CGAUGCUCGUGCGAUCGGAGACCAUUACGUGCACUGACUGGGGGGAUUGUUAUUGUCACGCACGCUGUUAAUACGUUAUUAACGGGUUAAUGAUUAUGAAUGUCGCAUGUUUAGUUUUCUCCUAUUCACUCAAAUCAUCAUUGAAGGGCAAAUCUUUUCUUUGGUUCAUCAUGGUGACAGGAUGUGGAGGAUGCUCUGGACAGAUGCCUGAAUCCUGACCAAGACAAUGGACUUUAAAGGUGAUAUUCAUUCAUAUGGAGCUCCCAAAUCUGGCCAGGAUAGUCUGUUAAAGAAAGAUAAUGUGGCUACCCCAGAGGCAAAGAGUUUUGACAUUAAAGUUGGUGACCUGGAUAAAAUUGGUGGGAAAAAAGAAGACCUCAGCUUAAUUUCAGGAUUGUCUGUAGUGCAGAUUGGGAGUCAGUGCCAGGGUUCUCUGGGAGAAAAUGGCUUUGGUCAGAUCUGUAACACUAACAUUUUUGGUUUCACCCAGCAAGGAAUGAAUACAAGCGCUAAUAUGAAUGUGGGAAUGGCCCCCUUUCAGUCCACUAAACCUCCCACCAUGGCUGAAUCUCAGAAGACAUCUAUCCUUCAUGCUAAUGAACAACCAAAACCUUUCUUGGCCCCCAGUAAACCACCUGACACAAGCACUCACAAUAUCUUGGACAAACCUGCAGUAUGCUCCUGGACAGGUCAGGCCAUGCUCACCCAUUCCCCCAACAAGGCAGAGCAGAGUUCCUCAGAACUUUUGGGUUACCAAGGGGUUCUACAUAAAGAUGCCACAUCAGAGGAAGGGUCAGAUGAGGCUGUACAGCAGAAGGGGAAGAAAUGUGAAACUAGUGAAGAGGCAUAUGGUCUCUUGGAAAGCCUUAGAUCUCCUGAAAAAACCCAACCAAAAAGCUCUUACCAAGAAGACUGUUCACCCCCUGAUAAUGGCGAGAACUGGAAGAGUGAAAUUCGAGAGUGGGGUGGCGGACGGAUCCAGGCGAAGAAAAGUAAGAGCAGAAAGAAGCUUCCGGAGGAGUGGGCCAGUUUACCAAAUACAGCUAGCCCCUCUUCUGACCCAAAUACUGAAAUGGACAUAGACAUGGAUAUGUUUAUUUCUGACAUGUAUGAGACCAAAGACCCUCCUACUACUUUUAUUGAACAAGGGGGUUCGUCUUCUUUCACAACUACACUUCAUUCGGCCAUCCCAUCAACAAUAAGUCAGGCUAAUACCGUCUUACUUUCAAACAACACUGAUCUAUCCAAGAGCAAUCAAGUCUCGACCCCGAAUCUCACCUCUGGCCCUGAAACUACUGCACAUUCCAUCUCUAACCCACAUGCAGACACCAAAACCUUUCAGAACAAUUCAUCUGUAAGUGGUCCCUCCUUAUCAGACCCUUCCAGCACUGUAGUAAGCCAAAAUCCUGCAGCUCCUGCUUCCCUCACUUCUCAAACAAAGCAUCAGGAACCACCACUGGCAAAGUCCCACCAAGUGAAAGAAGAUACUAUUGCAAAAGAGAAGAUGGAGAAAAUGGACACUUCACCGAAGACAGAUAUUUUGAACACACUUGUUAAAGCAGAGAAGCCUGAAAACACAGAGAAGACUGACAACAAGAAAGUGGACAAUGUGGGCAAGAUCCAGGAGGCAGAGAAACAGGAGUCCAAAACUGAGAAGAAUGGGAAGCUUGAGAAAGGGAGUAAUGCUGAAGAGACAAAAAAGGAAGUGAAGGAGGAGAAGAAGAACGGUGGUGAAAAAGUGGAGAAGACAGUCAAGAAUGAGAAGAAUGUGAAGGCUGCCAAAGAGAACAGUAAACCCACUGCAGCUAAUGGAACUAAAGAUUUGAUCAGUCCUGAUCAAGUUAAGUCAAACAAACAAAAUUCAGCAAAACCAAGCUCACAUUCCACUGGAGAAAAUUCUGGUGCCCCCACCUCUAGUUCAGCAAAUAAAACAGGCCCUGUGGCCAAGAAAACAUCUCCUACUGGCACCAAGAAACCUCCUGGCAUCACCUCUGCUCAUGACGCAAAGACCUCAGAGAACAGUACUUCAGCCAAGCGUAAGCCUCCAGUUCCAAAGUUUAAUGAGGCUCCAAAAGGCUCAUCUGGCACCAAGACCAGUGGCUCCUCAGUUAAAACCUCACUGAAGAAGACUGCUGCAAAUGCAGCCAGUGCACCAGCCACUGAUGGGACUCCAGCCCCUCGGCCCUCCCGCAUCACUAAACCCCCUGUGCCCAAGCAGAUGCCCCUGCCAAAGAAGCCCCCAGUGCCACGAGCACCACGCAGUGCUCGAAUCCCUAAUGCACCCCUGCCUGAUCUAAAGAAUGUCUCUGCAAAGAUUGGCUCCACAGACAACAUGAAGUACCAGCCCGGUGGAGGCAAGGUACAGUGGUCUAGGGGAAAGAUACUACACUGCGUUACAGCAUUUUUUAUGACUGUUGAAUUUUUCUUGUCUUACAUUAAUUGUAAGAAAAGCACUAGAUAUUUAGAACAAUUAAAAUUAUUUCAUGUACAACAUAAAACAAUUGUUUUCAGCAACCUACAUAUAAAAUUGACUCUAAUCUUUAUGAACUAUCAAGUGGCUAAAUAACUCUAUCUGUAAAGGUUCAGAUAAUACACAAAAAAAUGGACUUCAGCCACAUCACCUCCCGUUGUGGUUCCAAGGACAACAUCAAGCAUGUCCCCGGAGGAGGAAACGUAAGUUUUAAUAUCCUUUUAGCCACAUUCUGUGAACUCACUUGCAAGCAUCUUGACCAUAGUAUUAAAAUUCUC